GCGUGCUUUUGUGUGUGUGUUCCCAAACAAGGACCAGUUGCGCUCUGAGGCGGCUGAUGUUGGUGGGAUUUGGAGGAUGAUGGAGGCAACAUGGGAAAGAGCCUCAGAUCCACAAAGUCCCUUCCACCAGGUGGCUGAUGAGAUAUUGGCACGACUGCCAUAUUGCAUCUCCAUCCCAAAGCCCUUGCUUGGAAGUGUACAGUUGUGGCCAAAAGUUGAGAAUGACACAAAUAUUCAUUUCCACAAAGUUUGCUGCUUCAGUGUCUUUAGAUAUUUGUCAGUUGUUAUUAUUAAUUACUGACUGACUACUGAAUUAUAAUUACAAGUGUCAAAGGCUUUUAUUGACAAUUACAUGUAGUUGAUAUUUUUGUUUGAUAUUUGCAGUGUUGACCCUUCUUUAUUAAGAGCUCUGCAAUCCGCCCUGGCAUGCUGUCAAUUAACUUCUGGGCCACAUCCUGACUGAUGGCAGCAUAAUCAAUGCUUGGAGUUUGUCAGAAUCUGUAGGUUUUUGUUUGUCCACCCGCCUCCUUAAGGAGUCUGGCCAUGGACCCAAAAUAUCGAUGUUUUGUUCCCCGAGCCACUUAGUUAUCACUUUUACCGUAUGGCAAGGAGCUCCAUCAUGCUGGAAAAGGCAUUGUUCGUCACCAAACUGUUCCUGGAUGGUUGGGAGAAGUUGCUCUCAGAGGAUGUGUUGGUACCAUUCUAUUCAUGGCUGUGUUCUUAGGCAAAAUUGUGAGUGAGCCCACUCCCUUGGCUGAGAAGCAACCCCAUACAUGAAUGGUCUCAGGAUGCUUUACUGUUGGCAUGACACAGGACUGAUGGUAGAGCUCACCUUGUCAUCUCCGGACAAGCUUUUUUUCCGGAUGCCCCAAACAAUCAGAAAAGGGAUUCAUCAGAGAAAAUGACUUUACCCCAGUCCUCAGCAGUCCAAUCCCUGUACCUUUUGCAGAAUAUCAGUCUGUCCCUGAUGUUUUUCCUGGAGAGAAGUGGCUUCUUUGCUGCCCUUGACACCAGGCCAUCCUCAAAGUCUUCACCUCACUGUGCGUGCAGAUUCACUCACACCUGCCUGCUGCCAUUCCUGAGCAAGCUCUGUCCUGGUGGUGCCCCAAUCCCGCAGCUGAAUCACCUUUAGGAGACGGUCCUGGCGCUUGCUGGACUUUCUUGGGCGCCCUGAAGCCUUCUUCACAACAAUUGAACCGCUCUCCUUGAAGUUCUUGAUGAUCAGAUAAAUGGUUGAUUUAGGUGCAUUCUUACUGGCAGCAAUAUCCUUGCCUGUGAAGCCCUUUUUGUACAAAGCAAUGAUGACUGCAUGUGUUUCCUUGCAGGUAACCAUGGUUGACAGAGGAAGAACAAUGAUUCCAAGCACCACCCUCCUUUUCAAGCUUCCAGUUUGUGAUUCGAACUGACUGAUCUCCAGCCUUGUCCUCGUCAACACUCACACCUGUGUUAACGAGAGAAUCACUGACAUGUCAGCUGGUCCUUUUGUGGCAGGGUUGAAAUGCAGUGGAAAUGUUUUUGGGGGAUUCGGGUUCAUUUGCAUGGCAAAGAGGGACUUUGCAAUUCAUCUGAUCACUCUUCAUAACAUUCUGGAGUAUAUUGCCAUCAUACAAACUGAGCGAGCAGACUUUGUGAAAAUUAAUAUUUGUGUCAUUCUCAACUUUUGGCCACGACUGUACAUCGCCACACAGCCAAGAACCUUGCUCUCAUCCAGGCCAAGGUGGCGAGACACGGUAGUGAUGACACCAUAGGCCUUGUUGAUCUCUGCACCAGACAGGAUGCUCUUGCCAGCAUAUUUGGGGUCCAACAUGUACACUGCGGCUUGUAUGGGCUUCAGGCAGAAGUCGUCACACUUUUUGAUGCAUUUCAGAACUGCAGUUCCCUCUGCUUGGAGCAACAGUGAAGUGGGCAGGGCAGUAUGGAUUUCUCCUCUUACAUCUGCAAGCAGAGUCUGAACAUCAGACAGGGUGGCAUUGUAUCCCUCAAUCUGUGCAAUGGCUACUGCUAUAGGUUUCAGGCUGCUUACCACUCUCUCCCAAAAUACAUCAUCCAGGAGGAUCCUCUUGAUGGGGCUAUCCAUAUCAGCAUACUGUGAUAGGGCCAUUUCUUGGAGAGACUCCUUCCCCCCCAGGAGACUGUCAAACAUGAUGACAACACCACCCCAACGGGUGUUGCUGGGCAGCUUCAAUGUGGUGCUCUUAUUCUUCUUGCUGCUUGGUGAGGUAGAUUGCUGCUAUAACUUAAUGACUGCCUUCAGCUCAUCUGCAAUGUAGAGACCGGUGUGUCUGUUGUCCCUUGUGUCUGUGCUCUUGUAGAAUACUGUUUGAGGGGUUGAGAUGAUGUAGUUAAUUAUUCCUUGCCCACGAACAUUCAACCACCAAUCAGAGAUGAUUGCAAUACAGUCGGCUUUCUCUAUGAUUUGCUUGACAUCCACUUGAACUCUGAACUCUGCAUCCAGCAAAUGAGUAGAUAAAGCCUGUCUGGUUGGAGGGGUGUAUGCUGAGCGACGAACAUUCAGAAAUCUCUUCCAAUACCUGUGAGCAUCAGAGGUGAACCAGUUGCAUACACCGCUCAGGCAAGAUAUUCAUAAGCAUUUCUCUGACUACGUUCCUCCACAGAUUCAAAAAAACUUCUGAUUCCAGGAAGACCAUGAGCUGUUGCAAUCGAUAAGGUGUCUGAUUCAUCAUUUUCACCUCGAAUAGAAGUAGAGGGACUUGUCAGAGGUUGCUGAACUUUAUGCACUUGGCCAGAUGAUUCUGCAUCUUGACAUUCUUCAUAUAUGAUUUGGCACAGUAUUUGCAAAUUUAGACAGCUUUUCCUUCAACAUUAGCUGCAGUGACAUGUCACCACACAUCAGAUGGUGCCCGUGGUAAAGAUUAGAAAAACGUUUUUAAAAUCAAUGCAAUUUCAUGUAGAGCUAAAUAGUUAAGCAGUUAGAUUAAACAACUCCUUUUGUAAGAUAAAUGUUUUAAGAUGAAACAUGUAUGGAAACAGGUGAAAUAACACUCAGUUAGCAGGAUCAAGUAAGCUAAAACACAUGGUAGCAAAAACAAACUAGCAGAAAUUGUUAGAAAGGAUUUAAACACACUUUGCUGUAGGCUACUAUUUACUUGUUAACAAAAAAUAAGAAUGUGAAAUGUCAGAAUAAUAGUAGAGAAUGAUUUAUUUCAGCUUUUAUUUCUUUCAUCACAUUCCCAGUGGGUCAGAAGUUUACAUACUCAAUUAGUAUUUGGUAGCAUUGCCUUUAAAUUGUUUAACUUGGGCCAAAUGUUUUGGGUAGUCUUCCACAAGCUUCCCACAAUAGGUUGGGUGAAUUUUGGCCCAUUCCUCCUGACAGAGCUGGUGUAACUGAGUCAGGUUUGCAGGCCUCCUUGUUCACACACGCCUUUUCAGUUCUGCCCACAAUUUUUUUUAUAGGAUUGAGGUCAUUGCUUUGUAAUGGCCACUCCAAAACCUUGACUUUGUUGUCCUUAAGCCAUUUUGGAAGUAUGCUUGGGGUCAUUGUCCAUUUGGAAGACCCAUUUGCGACCACGCUUUAACUUCCUGACUGAUGUCUUGAGAUGUUGCUUCAAUAUAGCCACAUAAUUUUCCUUCCUCGUGAAGCCAUCUAUUUUGUGAAGUGCACCAGUCCCUCCUGCAGCAAAGCACCCCCACAACAUGAUGCUGCCACCCCUGUGCUUCACGGUUGGGAUGGUGUUCUUUGGUUUGCAAGCCUCCCCCGUUUUCCUCCAAACAUAACAAUGGUCAUUAUGGCCAAACAGAUCUAUUUUUGUUUCAUCAGACCAGAGGACAUUUCUCCAAAAAGUACGAUCUUUGUCCCCAUGUGCAGUUGCAAACCGUAGUCUGGCUUUUUUGUGGCGAUUUUUGGAGCAGUGGCUUCUUCCUUGCUGAGCGGCCUUUCAGGUUAUGUCGAUAUAGGACUCGUUUUACUGUGGACAUAGAUACUUUUGUACCUGUUUCCUCCAGCAUCUUCACUUUGCUGUUCUGGGUUUGAUUUGCACUUUUCGCACCAAAAUACGUUCAUCUCUUGGAGACAGAACACGUCUCCUUCCUGAGCGGUAUGCCGGCUGCAUGGUCCCAUGGUGUUUAUACUUGCGUACUAUUUUUUUGUACAGAUGAAUGUGGUACCUUUUUUUAGGCGUUUGGAAAUUGCUCCCAAGGAUGAACCAGACUUGUGGGUCUUUUUUUUUUCUUCUUUUGAUUUUCCCAUGAUGUCAAGCAAAGAGGCACUGAAUUUGAAGUUAGGCCUUGAAAUACAUCCACAGGUACACAGGCUAAUUGACAUCAUUAGAGUCAAUUGCAUAUCAGAAGCUUCUAAAGCCAUGACGACAUUUUCUGGAUUUUUCUAAGCUUUUUAAAGGCACAGUCAACUUAGUGUAUCUAGACUUCUGACCCACUGGAAUUGUGAUUAAGUGAAAUAAUCUGUCUGUAAUGACUUGUCAUGCACAAAGUAGAUGUCCUAACCGACUUACCCAAACUAUAGUUUGUUAACAAGAAACUUGUGGAGUGGUUGAAAAACGAGUUUUAAUGACUCCAACCUAAGGGUAUGUCAACUUCCGACUUCAACUGUGUGUCAUAAAAUAUAUUCACCCCACCCAGUAUUGUAAUCAAAACUUACCAGAAAGCAUGUAGUCCUUGGCUCAGACAGUGUAGAAGUGUGGGCUCAAUAGCAUCUCAUUAGUGUGUGAGAUCUUGAGAAUCAGCUGUACAUGUGAUGGAAGAAAGCACUGUGCAUGCAGAGGGUUGCAAUUCCAUUGAAUUGAGGAUAGCUUAACCAAAAUAUGCCACAAGAUCUAGAAUUGCCUUAUGUCCAUCCCACAAAAAAGGUUCACUGUUAUAAGGUUAUUUUUUUAAACGAAUUUAAGCAAGAUGCCCAAAUUUCCCAGGCUUUAAUUCCAAUAGAAAAUUUCUGGGGAAAUUCCAGAAAGUUUCUGACCCAUACAUUUUAGAAUGAGGCUGUAACGUAACAGAAUGUGGAAAAGGUCACAGUGUCUCUCACUGUUCAAGUAAACCUACCAUUAAAAUGAUAGACUGAUCAUUUCUUUGUCAGUGGGAAAACAUACAAAAUCAGCAGGGGAUCAAAUACUUUUCCCUCUCAGUGUGUGUGUGUAUGUAUGUAUGUAUGUAUGUAUGUAUGUAUGUAUGUAUAUGUGUAUUUUGCUCAAAACACCCCAGGGGCCGCAUUGAGUCGGCUGUAUGUUAGACCUUGAGCUAGUCCAGCCGUGUCAAUCAUUAAAUUUGUACGCUAUAGCUAGCCUAACCAGUAACCACCAAGUCAUGAGUAAUUGUGAAGAAGUAAAGAGACUGACUGAGUGAGUCUAGAGAAGGAUGGUUUGAUGUUUACAUAAGGGUAGGGGAUUAAUAACACAACAUUUUUCCCCCCCUUGUUCUCUGCUGCACUUGGAUUUUACAGCAGGCACACAGCUCUAUCACUCUGCAUUAUGCGUCCUUGUCCAGUUCCUGAUGAUGAGGCUUAUGGGAAGGACGAUAACAACCGUCCUGGCCAGCUUUAUUUUUCAAAUGGCAUACCUGCUGUCAGGCUACUACUACACAGCUACAGAAGAAUACGAUAUCAAAUGGACCAUGCCCCAAUGUGUCCUUGCACUCAAACUUAUCGGUUUGUCAUUUGAUUACUAUGACGGUGGCCAGGAACCAUCCAAGUUGAAUGAGGAGCAGAAGAGGUCAGCCCUGGCCAAUGUUCCCUCUCUGCUGGAGGUUAUCGGAUUCUCCUACUUCUACGGAGGCUUUCUGGUGGGACCCCAGUUCACACUGCGCAGCUACCAGAGGCUAGUCAAAGGGGAGCUCACCGACUGCCCCGGACAGCCACCUAACAGUGUUAUACCUGCUAUGAAGCGGUUCUCCCUCGGCCUCCUCUGCCUGGUGAUCUACGCAAUAUUUAGUCCGCACUACCCAGAUAGCUAUUACCUAACAGAUGAGUACGACGCGCAGCCGUUCUGGUACCGCUGUGUCUUCAUCCUCCUUUGGGCCAAAGUCAUCCUGUACAAAUAUGUUAGCUGCUGGGUCAUAGCGGAGGGCGUCUGUAUACUCUCUGGGCUCGGCUAUAAUGGGCUGGGUCAGAAUGGCGAGCACCAAUGGGACGCCUGCGCAAAUAUGAAAGUGUGGACGUUUGAGACCACACCCCUUUUCACAGGCACCAUCGCCUCCUUCAACAUAAACACCAAUGCCUGGGUGGCCAGGCACGUGUUUAAGCGGUUGAAGUUCCUGGGUAAUAAGCUCCUGUCUCAGGUGACCGCGCUUGCGUUCCUGGCCAUCUGGCAUGGCACGCACUCUGGAUACCUCCUCUGCUUCUCCAUGGAGUUCAUCAUCGUAAAUGUGGAGAGACAGGCCCAAGCGCUGGUGAGGGACAGUCCCCUGCUGACCCGCCUGGCCAACAGUCCUCUCUACCCCCUCAUCUACCUGGUCCAGCAGUUCAUCCACUGGCUCUUCAUGGGCUAUCCUUUGGUGCCCUUCUGCCUCUUCACCUACGACAAGUGGCUCAGGGUGUACUCAUCCAUUUAUUUCUGCGGCCACAUAUUCUUCUUCACAUUGUAUCUAGGCAUCCCAUAUCUCCGCAAGGUGCUGGUACCUAGAAAAGAACGGAGCGAGAAAAAGGAGGACUAGAACUAUGUUAGGUCUCUGGCUGAAUCUCCACCCAGGAUGUGACUGAAGGGAACUGUGACUUUUAACUAGGAGCAGAUCAGAAAAUAUUUUAAAGCCUUUAAUAUUAUUUGUGUACACUUUUUUUUUUUUUUUCUAUUUAUUUUAGUGUUUUGGACGGGACGCACGUUUUUUUGGGACUAGGGAGAUGAGGGUACAGGAAAUAACCUUUGUGCCACAAUUGUGAGCCAAUCAGGGGGUGUUCUCUUGAUUUUAGAGAACUUGACUGACGUCUUGUAUACACAGAAUAUUGCACUUACCACUCACGGGCUCUGGGUUUGUAGACGGCUCUGUUUUUAUGAUCUCUCUUGUUUCAACCCUCCCCUCACGUCCAUAUAGACUGAGUAUGCAAAACAUCCUAAUAUUGAGUUGCACCCCCCCCACAGCCUCAAUUCGUCGGGCAUGGACUCUACAAGGUGUUGAAAGCGUUCCACAGGGAUGCUGGCCCAUGUUGACUCCAGUGCUUCCCACAGUUGUGUCAAGUUGACUGGAUGUCCUUUGGUUGGUGGACCAUUCUUGAUACACACGCUAAACUGUUGUGUGAAAAACCCAGCAGCGUUGCAGUUCUUGACACAAGCCGGUGCACCUGGCACCUACUACCAUACCCCGUUCAAAGGCACUUAAAUAUUUUGUCUUGCCCAUUCACCGUCUGAAUGGCACACAUACACAAUGCAUGUCUCAAGGCUUAAAAAUCAUUCUUUGUCCUGUCUCCUCCCCUUCAUCUACACUGAUUUUGAAGUGAAUUUAACAAGUGACAUAAAUAAGGGAUCUUAGCUACGCCUGAUUCACCUUGUCAGUCUGCCAUGGAAAGAGCAGGUAUUCUUAAAGUUUUCUCUACUCGGUGUAGAAAGAACCUGCACAGACAUGGCUAUGGUUCAGGCACAACAGAAAUGUAUUUGGCACUUUCAGAUUUUAUGUUAACAUGCAUUUUGUUGAGAGAACAAAAAAAACAAGGAUUGCUGCUCUGAUGGGAAUUAUAUAUUUUUGGGGAGGAGUGUUUUCAUUGAUCCGUUGGCCAACACUCACAAGAAGCACUGUAAAACACUGUACACACUAACACGUGACUCAAAUGGCCUUGUAUUAUCAACGAAUGUUUUUACAUUUAUUCUGGUUUCAAUUCAGAUUUUGUUUCCGUUAUUUCGUGAUGAGACUGGAUUUUAUAGCUCUUUUAGGAGGGUUUUAUGAUAGACCAUUUUUGUAGCUUUGGAUAAGAUUCCAUGAAGGGGUUUCAAUGCUUUCCUCUUCCCCAUCCCCCUCUCCUCAUGGCUUUUUCCUCCUCCCCAUCCCCCUCUCCUCAUGGCUUUGUCUGCCAUUCACCAUCCUCCUCUCACUCCAUUGCCACCCCACACCCUUCCUGGCUGUCUCUGAACAAACUGGAAAACAAACUCACAACAGGUAACCAAAACCACCACUUUUACAUUGAGUGACAUCACCAUACCAAUGUCAACAGCAUCACCAGUGGUCUCCAGUGAGAUCUAGCACCUUCCUCUAUCUUUCUUAGGACUUGGUCAAAAUUCUCCCUAACCACUGGCACCAAGGUCAGAUCUAGAAUGUUUGACCUGUCAGCUACCCUGUUCUUACAUCUGUGUUGAGGCAACUUCUACCACUAUCCUUUUCCAAUGCAGAGACACAUUGGGAGAGCAGUGACUCACUGUAGCAACAACCCAGAUUUGAAUAAUAUUUAUACUUGUGGUAAUAAUUAAUUGAUGUGAAUUAAUUGUUAUUCCAGAGACUACUUUUUUGCCUUAUUGCUACCAAAUGUACAAAGGAAAAGAGAAAUGGGGGGAAAAAAAGAAUUUUAAACAAACUUUUUGUAAUGUUCAUUAAAAUGCUGGAUUUUAAAAACCAAA